AUUAAUGUAUUGGUGUUUCUUUCUAGCUUUUUGAGACUAAUUGAAUAGAAGACUGUUGAUGUGUGAGAGCUGAUGAAAAAUGGAUGCAAUAUUGAAUGGCAUUCUCACAUCCCAGCAUUCGGACUCCCUGAAGAAGAAACUGAUAACCAAGGUAACGGAGAACAGUUCCAAACCCCAGCCGGUUCACGUCAUUCGCUCCGUACUACAGAUCUCGUCUUCAUGGUUUCUCCAGGGAGAGUCCGACAUCGCCGUAUCCGAGGGACUGCAAGUGUACAUUUCUUGGGCAAAAUACAACCUGAAAACAUUUGAGGCUUUUUUUGACCGUGAGUUUCUCCUGUCUUUGUUUUCAUACAGAGGUAAACAGGAAGCGAACGCUGUAUUGUUGUUGGAGGCCAGUAUGGAGUUAUUACAGAGGUCGUCCUCCUACUCUGGGCAUGUUAAAGUGGUGGAAGCCAAAGCCAUUAGUUAUGUUAGAGAACAUCCCUCUAUCGACUGCUUGACAAACUUUGUUAACUUUUUAUCUAAAUUUAGGGAAUGUCUUCCAAAAGGUGACUUUGUCUCUACGUUUUGUGUGUCACUGAUUCACUCUCUAAGCAUGUGUUCAAUUCCCCAGGAUCACACAGAAAUAUUUAAGUACAUUAAGAAUGUGGACCGAAUUUGUUUCCUGAUUCAUGAUAUUUGGAACAAUGCUGACUCCGAUGUGAUUAUGGAUUCCCUUAAAGCUAUUUUUGGAAUAAUAUCCGCUAUAGAAGAAACAGAGCCUUCUUUUUGUCUUGGUGCAGUGGUUCGUAAUAUCCCUGAGAAAAUGAUAGAAGUCAUUGUUAAGUAUGCAAUAGGUUCAAAUGUUGACAAUACGCGAAUGACAACAGCACUACAGAGAGUGGUGGACUGGCUUCAGUGGCCGACAGCCACUAACGUACACAUGUGGAUCAUCACUUUUUUCCGAAGUCUGGCUGGCGCCAAAAAAUACAGCAUUUUAAUUACUGUAACAGAGACAAAGGUUGAGCAGGUUUGUCAGAAGCUGGAGUUUUCUGCUGUCCGAGAGGGAGCAUUGAGUGUACUCACUCACAUGUUACUUGGCUUCCAACACUCACCUGAACCUUUCCAUAAGAUCCUCCCCCAGAUGGUGAAAAUCAUUGAGAUCCUGACCAAGGAAAAUACCACCAUGUUAAAACAGCUGUCAGAUCUGUUACAUUGUUGUUUCUUCCUCCACGCUGGGUACCCUGAUCUGUAUGACCCCAUACUGGAGGCUCUUAAGGGAAUUGCCCCCAGUUCAGAAGAAAUCAAAUCCCGACUUGAAGAGAGUCACUGGCAAGUCCAGCAAUCGGGUACCUCUAAAUAUGUGUCAAAGGUCACUCAAAGGUCAGAGACCGGGAAGACUGGACUGUUUAACCUGGGGAACACCUGUUUUAUGAACAGCAUCUUACAAGCUCUCUUCAUGUGUGACAGCUUUAGGAGGGAUACAUUGUCAUAUCAGGCCUCUCCAGACCAACCAGUCAUCUCACAGUUACAGCAGGUGUUUGCCUUCCUCAGCCAGACUCAGCGACCUGCCUAUGCCCCUAUGACGUUUAGUCGUAUGACGAGACCCAGCUGGUUUGUGGCGGGACACCAGCAAGACUGCUCUGAGUAUCUACGAUAUCUUCUGGAUCAGAUCCACGAGCAGGAACGCACGCGACAGAAAAAAGAGAAGCUGGCCAAGGAAUUGGCAGACAGUGAAAAUCAGGCGACAGAGGAAACGGCUACUGAUACGGACAGUUGUGAUAAGAAAUCUGUGAUAACGUCACUUAUUGAGGAUCAUUUUGGGGGAAUCAUGGUAACAACGGUCACGUGUUUAAAUUGUAAAACCCAGUCGUCACGUAAAGAAGAAUUCUCAGACAUACCUCUUGCUUUCCCAGAGUAUAAACCAAUCAUCACUCAGGAAUCCGGAGAUAAAACCAAACCAGAGACUGAGCCCAAAACCCAGUGUUUACACCUGAACGACCUGCUGCAGUAUUACCUGAAGCCGGAGAGGCUGACGGGGGAUAACCAGUACUUCUGUGAUAAGUGUGAGUCGUUACAGGACGGGGAGAGGAGGAUCUCAAUCGUUCAGCCCCCAGAACACCUCAUCGUCACCCUCCUACGGUUCUCCUACGACCCUAAAAUACACGCCAGGUCAAAGAUAUUCCAGGAGGUCAAAUACCCGCGGACUCUUAUAUUACCCAAAAAUCAGGCCACAGAAACGAAGAAUGCCAACUCACGGAGGUCACUCAGGAGUGCUGUGUCUAGACAGAUAGAGAAAUGUGGGGUGGAUCUAAACACCCAGAAAGGGGAGGUGUACGGCCUUAACGCUGUAGUGGUGCAUUCUGGGACAUCUUCUGAGUCGGGACAUUAUUACGCGUACUCCCGACACUCGCUGUUUCAGGAUCCCGAGUCUGUGAUGACGACAUUAUCGGACUGUACAGACGAGGAUGGUAUUGACUUCCUACAGGAUAAGUGGUACCUGUUUAAUGAUAACCGUGUGUCGUACGCCCAGUAUAACUCCUUCUGUAGCGUUACUCAGAGAUUCACAAAGGACACCGCCUACCUACUGUUCUACAAGAGAAUUGACCCCCAGAAUAGUGAGAACGGAGGGGUGGAUCUAAAUAAAUCCAUCAGACCGUCAGAGGUGGACCCACCCCUCCAGGAUAAACUGAGACAAUUAGUCAGCAAGGACAAUGCUCUGUAUCUACAGGAACAAGAAGUCAGUGAACAGAAGAGAGCCUCUCGGAAGCGACCUGUUUCCCAGACCUCCUCCUGGUUCUACAAACAGGACGAAGACCAGGGGCCCCCGGGGAGCUGUGGGGGGUCAUCGGGGUUUGACAGCAGUGGACCCCGAUUUGUCUUCUGAUGGCUCCAUUAAACAGGACGAAGA